GGAUAAUUUUAAACAGAUAUCAAACACGAAGUACACAGUCUUGAUAAUAUAUCAAAUCACAUUAUUUACAAGGAUGAGACUUUCAUGUGCAUUUGCUUCGGCACUUGCGAUGGGCGCCUUGCCACUGGGAUACUCGCAGACUAUUGUUCAGGACACGACUCCUUCAGCAACUCUCAAUGAGACUACAGAACAAAUAACCCAGAACACGACGGUCGUGGUCGCUCCCGCAGUUGAUAUAAGUACAGAAAUGACUGCACCAAACACAACGGUUGCGCCUUCCGUCAAUGCCACUCAACCAAAUACGGUGUCGGCUCCUUCAAUCGACACCAAUGUCACUCAACCAAAUACGGUGUCGGCUCCUUCAAUCGACACCAAUGUCACUCAACCAAAUACGGUGUCGACUCCUUCAAUUGACACGACCUCAGUACUAUACAUCAGCGAGGUACAGACCACAAAUAUGGACUGGGUUGAACUAUUUAACGAGGGUAACACGAGUAUAAACCUCGCUGGUUACACACUUGUUCACGAUAGAGAGACAGAUGAAGCAUACACUUUUCGAGGAGAUUGUGGAAUCAUUGAAGCGAAUGCAUAUCUUAUGCUUGUAAAAGACGAAGUCACGAAUGCAGAAUAUGCGAAUGGGGACUGUAUGAUACCUUAUGGGAUUAAAUCCAGCGGCGAGCUUGCUCUUUACGAUAGCAAUAACACGCUGCUGGAUGUUACUUCCUGGGCGAACGUAGCCUAUGUUUCCGGACACAGCUGGGCUCGAAAGAGUGGUCGUGCAGAGAUUGGCAUGGCAGAGUGGGAGGCCACCAGUUCGAAUACUUGGAGACGGCCCAAUAUUUUCACCAAGGAAAUCACUAUCCCCAAUAUUGUGGACUAUUCUGGAGGACUGCAUGACAGAUCAGUAGCAUACAUUCAAGACCCACCACAAGGUUCUAUGACGAAUGUACAUUUGAGGGUGUACACAAGUUCUGAUAAGUGUGUGUGUGACAAGUACCCGGAAGCGCACAAUAACGAACUUUGUACAUGCACGUGGGACGAUAUAAUAAACGACGACUCAGGUACAGAUUUAUGGGUACCAACCAUGCCAUGCUCAGUCUCUAUAGAUGUUGACGGAGUGAAAGAGUACGGCUAUACCGCAAAUGGCGAGCCAACAUCGGAGGACAAUUGUGUGGUACAUCAGAGAGGGGGCUUUACGCGCAGUGCGAAACUUAAAAGUUAUACUGUCAAAAUCGACAAGACUUUUGUGCCGAGAGAAUGGCGCGGUAACAAACGGUUGACGAUGGUCAAACACCCUUGGACAUUCAGUCGCACUGAGGUACCACUUUUUGCCCAGCAAUUUCGGGACAUGAAUGACUUUCAUUCUCUCAAAACUAUAAUCGCGAAUGUGACAGUGACUUAUGUCGAUCCGGAAACUAUGGAAGUGGUUGGGGAAGAGAAUAUGGGUGGUUACACUGUAUUCGAGAAUUCUGACGAAGACAUGCUUGAUCGUCAUGGCCUAAGCUCGCAGACCAUAACCGGAGAUCGAAAGGAAAGUCACCUCUACAAGUUGCGCGAUUUCGAUUGGUCGUACAAGUCCAUCUUCGAUGAGAUUGUACCCUUCGCAGAUGAAACCAACGAGGAACAGAUUUUCGAAUAUGAAUCUCUUAUUGAAAAUAAGGACAGCGAUGACAACACAAAGUUGGUGCAAACUAUUUACGAAUUGAACGGUAAAAUACCGAACAUGACUUUCGUAGAAGCUGUACAGAAACGUUUUGAUAUGAAUAACUUGGCGCAGUGGAUGGCGGUCAAUCUCAUCUGCGGUGAUAUAGAUCACAUGGGAAAGAACGCAUUCAUCUACAGCAGUAACGACACGGAGACAUGGUACUAUACUCCAUGGGAUUAUGAUGCCUGUUUUAAGCCUGUCAUGGACCAUGGACCUCCUAGUCUGAGUCCUUACAGAUACCAAGACGAUCACCUGUUCCAAGGCAUUAUGCACUAUCCCGAGCUUCGCGAUGUUUUCUAUCCCUUGCUUAAAAAGAAGAUUGAGUAUGUGCGCACGGAAACGGGAUUCAACAGAGACGCACUAUGGGAUGCUGCAUUCGAAUUUGCGAACUGGACAGAUCCCUUCUGCGUAAAAGGCCAGGUAGACCGUGAUACUUUGGGCACGAAUACUUGGAACGAAGGCUCAGAGCUGGAUCUUACAUUUGAUCCAGAAUUCACCGAUUGGGACAUGUCACCGAGAGACCUACUGUUCAGUCAACACGACUUUAUCCAAGAUAAUUUGGACAUAUAUGUUGGUCUCGACUACCCUCCCAAUUUGUACAAUGACAUCAGCAUCCGGGCAAGUAGCACCGACGAAGAUGACAAGGAAGAAGUGUUCGAUGUAAAAGCACUGCCUUUCACAUCGCCCAUUGGCAAUCCUCUAGAGAUCACAUGGCAAGUAUACACAGGCAGACCCGAGAGUCUCGAGGACGAGGUCGCUGAUGGUAACAUUGGGCUGUUUGACUCGAGAUAUUUCGACCCCGAAAUACAGGAUGUUGAGAUUGUGUACGAAAAGACUGUGAACAACGAGGAGGAACGGAAUUACACCGAUCUUUCCCAUACUUUGUUGCACGGGAUUACUAUCCCAUGCGACGAAGUACGUGAGUGCGAGGGUGAACAGUGCUGGAUCACUGUGUAUACCACAGACACAGUAACGGGGAUUCGCUCCGCCGCGGCGCAUACAGACAGUCAAACAGAGCUGGACUACGAUGACUUCUGCUAACCGAGGAGGAUAGCAUAGACUUCAGGCACAACUAGAUUGAGAGGAUUUGUGCUUAAUUAAGAUAGUCACACAGACUAGAUGACGAAGACUCUUACUAACCAAGGAGGACCACUUAGACAGUCAACAAAACUAGACUACGAUGACGUUCACUAAUAACGGAGGAUCAUCAAGGCAAAAAAAAGUCUGGUGCAACUGAAUAUCGAUGGCUUCUGCUAACCAAGGAGUGACUACAGAGGUUGUCAUAGUAUCACUCGACCCUACCAUCAUUGUAUAUAUUAUCAGCGUAUGAGCGCAUACACACCUAAAGUUAGUAAUCAAUAAAAGUAUAAAGAUGAGCUAAAAUAUAC